CUACAACCGGAAAAAACGUAUUUCAUUUCCUCUGAAAUCUUUUCCAACAGCUAGCUAACGCUAUAUCGCACAGGGAAUUAAGAAGCAAUAAACAACGACUUUUUGCAGUUUUGCAUCCUCCGUAAAUAGACAGGGUCUACAGUCAGCACAAAAAUGUCUCACACAAUUUUGCUUGUCCAACCAACCAAGAGACCAGAGGGCCGCACAUAUGCUGACUAUGAGUCAGUGAAUGAAUGUAUGGAAGGUGUUUGCAAAAUGUAUGAAGAGCAUCUCAAGAGGAUGAAUCCAAACAGUCCCUCCAUCACUUAUGACAUUAGUCAGUUGUUUGACUUUAUUGACGACUUGGCAGAUCUGAGCUGUCUUGUGUACAGAGCUGACACUCAAACAUACCAACCAUACAACAAAGACUGGAUCAAGGAAAAGAUAUAUGUCCUGCUGCGGCGUCAGGCUCAGCAGGCAGCAAAGUAAAAGCAUCAGUGAGGAGUUGUCCUGCUAAACACACUUGGAAGGAGUUUAUGCUGCACUAUAUUUCUUGAAGAUCUGUGUAUAAGGACAACAUUGUCAGACUGACAAGGGAAGGGUUUACAUAUACUAUACAUUGGGAAAGGAAGGGGCUGUCACACUGGGGAAACAUCAGAAAUGUGGGCCUUUUUAUAUAAAAAAUGGAGUCAUGCUCGGCAGCAUAUGUAUAUCUGUAAUUUGUUAUACUAAGUUCAGAGUGCUGCAAGGACUAACUUAUUGAUGGAGAGGGAUCUGGGUUUUGAGAAAAAAAAUUUUGGUCAAAAUUUUAGUAGUGUGUUUUUGGUUUCCCUAAAAGUUCUGACACUUUUUAUAUUCAUGUACUGGGCAGUUGGAUUUGAACAUGCUGUGUAUUUCGAAUGCAGGUGAUUUUGUUUGACAUACAUGUCUGCAGACUGACUAAUCCAUUAAUGUAACUGAUCCCAGAACAUUUAUUUUCCAUAUUUCAUCUAUUAUUGUUACUUUAUCCUACCAUCAUGAUGUAAAAUGCUGUUUUUGUUAACAUUUUGUGUAGCAUCUGAUUUCAACUAUCCCUGUUUCUGUUUUCUCUGAUAUGAACAAAAUAAACUAUUGUUUUCUGAA